AUAAAAACGAAAGUGUGGAUAUAUACCGUGAGUGUAGAUUGUGGACUCUAGAGCUACCACAGGCUUUCCUGUGGCUACGGCGUCACGAACUUCCUCCGAGACCUGAAGAAACUUGCUUUGCGCAAGGCCAUGAAGGUGUCGUGCGGGAAAGGCCGAUGCUGGUACCCUUGCUCUCCUGCAGCAAUGGCGAGCUGCAGCUCGCGAAGCAAGCAUAGUGAUCAGGUAGACGCUAUGCUGUGAGGGUAGCUUGACAGUAAGAGUGGAGAAAGAAGUAGCUGGAAAAUGUGGAGGAGAGGAGUAGGACUUAUCGGCGAUAAGAGAGGAUGGCGUCUUUGGCCGCAGCGGUCACCGGAAUCUAAGCAGCAUCGGGACACAUCAGCAUCACGUCGAAUCUCGCCGCGCUACCUUCCCUCCCCCCCUGUUCAAUCCAUCCCAUUUCUUUUUAUUCUUCUUCUUUAUAGGACCAUCUCCUGGUGAGAGACAUUGUGUCCUAGGCGCGGUCAGUUGCACGCCCGCCCAUCGUCACAAUGAGGCCGAUCACAGCAUUCGCCGCACUCUGCGGGUUCCUCCUGUCAAGCAGUAGCUUCGUAUGCGCCGAAUCCUCCGCGAGGACCCAUCCCUCCUUCCAGCCUCCCCAGACAUUCAAGAAUGUAAACUUGGUCCGGAAUACCAACCUGGAGAAAGGUUAUGCUCGGGAGACUGUCAACGUGGUGGUGGAGAACGUGGGUAAUGAACCGCAGAGCACCUACUACUUGGCCUUCCCAUCGGAGGUAUUCGACAAGGUCGGAGGAUUGGAAGUGAGAGAUAGAAAGGCACCGGAGAAGGGACCUUUCGUAGUGGAUGCAUUGUCUAUCGAUUCGCCCAGUGACACCAAAUUCUUUGCCAUCGACCUCCCCGAGCCUCUUGCGCCCAAGUCGCAGGUUACUUUGGGAAUUUCUUACUACCUCCUCUCCUCCCUGAGCCCGCGCCCUGCCGCUAUCAACCAGGCUGAUAAGCAGUACCUCACCUACUCAUUUUCUGCCUAUAUCCACUCAGCCUACCCAACUGUGACCCAAAAGACGAAACUGAAGCUUCCUAGUACCAAUGUUCCUGACUAUACCACUACCACCGGCCUCAAGUCAGGCUCGGAUCCUGAGCGUCAUGGUACAACUUACACUUACGGCCCUUAUGAUACGACUGAGGUCACACCCGGUACUGUCUACCCGAUUACCAUCCGUUAUGAGUUUACCAAGCCGGUAAUCACAGCUUCGCUGCUGGAGAGAGACUUGGAGGUGUCUCACUGGGGUGGAAACUUGGCGACAGAAGAGCGCUACUGGCUUCGCAAUAACGGCUCCAACCUCAUCAAUCAAUUCUCGCGCGUUGAGUGGACACUCAGUAACUUCCAGCAAUUGCCUUCUUCUGCCAUCCGUGAACUAAAGUAUCCGCUGAAGCCUGGCUCGGUGGACCCCUACUUCAUUGAUGACAUCGGUAAUGUCUCCACGAGCCGCUAUCGCCCUGGCAAGCCUCCCAAGCGUGAUGGAUCUUUAGAACUUCGCCCCCGAUUUCCCGUCUUUGGUGGCUGGAACUACAGCUUCCGUAUUGGUUGGAAUGACGAGCUCUCUACCUUCCUUCGCCGGGUGACCGGCGCCGAUUCGUAUGUUCUCAAGGUUCCUUUCAUCGAGGGACCCAAGAUGCCCGAAGGUGUGCAGUAUGAGAAGGUGGUUGUUCGUGUCAUUCUUCCCGAGGGAGCCCGUAACGUCCGGUACGAGACGAUUGAGACUGCCUCCAACAAUGGUCUUCCCCCUGCCGAUCAGAUCAAGUCCCACGUGUCUCCCCACAAGACCUUCAUGGACACUUUGGGCCGUACUGCGUUGACCCUGACGGUUGAGAAUUUGUCCGAUGAGGCUCGUGAUUCUCAGUUGGUGGUUACCUAUGAUUAUUCCUUCUGGGAUGGAAUGCGCAAGCCCGUGACCAUCACCACUGGAUUGCUGACUGUGUUCGCUGCCGUAUGGGCGAUUGGAAACAUUGACGUGAGCAUCAAGAAACGAUAGAGUGUAUGAUGUAACAUUGUUGUGUCCUGUUUUUUUAUACCUGAGCAAUGUAGCUGUUGCCGUCAAUGAAAACCAAACUUUGAGCUUUGAACGUAUCACGCUGCGGAUUCUUCUAGGUGAAACAGGAGCUUGGUCGAUACCAGAGAACGAGCUAUACCGCAUAUGAAUUAUCAAAGAUCAAGCUGGAUUAUCUUGCGAUAUAACCCAUCUAGCCAAUAGUCA